UUGUCAGAUUCCUCUUAUCACAAAAGGAAGUUAUUCAAAGAAAUGUUAAGCUCCCACAUAAUCAAGUUACCUAUUGUUUGUGCCUUCGUUUGUGCACAAGGAAAGUUUAUUAUGUAGCCUGGUCUUCGACCAUUGUUUUCACUUUUCAGACCGUAACUUGUUAUUAAUACCCAUUAUAUCAGACUGUUGUAUACCACUUAUUCUGUGGCAACCUCUGCUGCUCUGAUUUAUGUAUUAUCAUGGUGCUUAGGUUCCUGUGAAGAAGGAGAAUGGCCAAACCAUUAUGAUUCCACUUUUUCAGAGCCAAGAAAGUGUUGCUGGCAAGGUGAAUGCAUCACUGUCUUAUCAUUAUUUUAGUUCUGAGCAUUAUGUUUUGCAUCUUAUGAUUGUCCAAUGCAAGAUUGGUUGCCUGAAUUCUCAAGGAGCUUCUGGAUUUGGGAUUGUUUUAGGUUGUGAUUGAACCACCUCUGGGGAAGAAGGUUGAGCACAAUGGUGUUAAGGUUGAGCUUCUUGGUCAGAUUGGUGAAUUUGUAACUUAAACACCUUACUUAAUCCCUUACAAUUAAAGGUGCCAGUGAAUGUGAGAUUUGGGCAUCUUCAUCGGGUUCUAUAUUCUUUUAUCAUGCACUCUUCUUGAAUUAUAAGUUGAUAAAACAGAGAUUGCUUUUUCAUUUUUGUUCUUCUUUGAUAUUAUGAUCAUGAACAAGAUAUUCUUAGAUUGCUAGAUAGUGACCUGUUGUGGACCUGUUCCCCACUAAGGUGUUUGAGCCAUGGAGGUAUUGAGCUUAAAUUUGGUUUUGAUUUUAUAUCACUUUUAUUUUAUUUUUUUCUUCAAAGAAAAUAAAAGUAUUUUGUAUUAGUGCCAAGAACUAAGAUUGGACUGCUCUCCUUUUGUAUAAACUGCUGAAUCGGGGCUCUGAGAAAGUACAGGGUGUAAUGAGAAGCCAAAAUCUCUUGUUGUCUCCAAAGUACUGUGUGUUUCAAAUCAUUCGUAUGCUUGGUUUUAGCAUUUCUUUCCUUUACGGGGGUUUGAUAGAGCUGGUUAUCUAAUGCAAGGCUAGUAAGAAACCAGAGUUAUUGGCACGAGGUUGAUCUCACCAUGCAGAUGCAAACAUCUAUCCCGUCCUAGGUUCAAGACCUUGGAGCUAACAAUCAACUAUAAAGAGAAAAAUAAUGAGAACUAGUUAAUUUGCCGACGAGAGUCUUUAUCACGAAACGGCAUUGGAUAGAGAAGGCUUUUUUCUGUGUCUUGUCACACUGGGAACUGUGGUUUUCUCAGCAGUAUGACUUGUUUUUAAUUGUCUGCUAAUGUUCUCUUCUCUUGUCCGGUGGUAACUGUUUUUCUGUUUUUGUUGCUUUGCAGAGUUGUACUUUGACAGAGGCAAUUUUUAUGACUUUACCUCUCUUGGUGAGUACAAUUCUCUUUUUGAUAUGUUAUUCCAAGAUUCAGUCUCAUUCUUACCUUCUUGUCUCUCCUUUGGAGUUGGUUAUCAAAGGCCAAUCAUUCUGUUUAGUUCAAUGAAUUUGGCUUAAGCAAACCAUUGAUGACUUGAUUCCUUGCUUUGUGGGCAGUACGUGAACUGGAGGUCCCUGGAGAAUUAUACGAAAGGAAAACAUAUCCUUUUGAAUUCUCCACAGUAGAAAUGCCGUACGAGACGUAUAAUGGGGUGAAUGUUAGGCUCAGGUAUUUCUUUAUUUAUGUACUCUGGAGAUGAAUUUCUUCACUUGCGAAUUGGUUAAAAGUUUUAGUUGGAUUAGAUGCACCUUUGAGAAAGAUUGUGUUGAAGGAGGUAGAAUACGGCCUUUUGUUAUGGUUGCUUCUUAUAGGAUACUGAGGCAAACUCACCCAAGACGAUUUGGACAGGUGAAAUCUAGAUAUUAUUUCUAGGGUUUAUAAUUUAGAUGGCAAGGGAGACCUACUAUGAACAUGGUACAUAAUCCAUCAGAGUACAGGGUGCCUGUCAUACUUCACACGGAGUACUGUGUUUGUUUAUGCUCCAAAAAAUUAGGUCCUUCUAGGUGAUACCUGUUUUAUAGUGGCUCAAGUGCUUCGCCAGCAUAUUACUCAACAACUGGAAGUUUGUUUUUGUUUGCCCACUCAGUUAAUGAAGCAGUACUCCUGUUACCACAACAAAUAUCUGUCAUCAUGUUCUUAUUAGUUGCAAAUACUCUAUUGGUAAACACAUUUGCUUUCUCUUUUCCCUUUUAUAUUACAUGUAUGUGCUGAAAGUGAAUGUAAGUCGUGGUUAUGCUGGGAGCAUAAUUGAAUACCAGGAGUUUGUGGUAAUAUAUUUCUUUUCCCUCCCUCAAGCACACUUGUCAUUGUUUGACGUUCGUGACUUGUUUUUAGGGAAUUCUUGUACCUUUGGUAUGGAAAUAGGGAGGUAUAAUUUGGAGAAUGUGAGAAUUUUGAGGAUAGUGUGAGGCUUUGAGGAAUUGAUUUUAGUAGACGGUUACAGCAUAGUUUGAGAAGGAAAAAGCGAGGGGGUAAAGCUUAAAACUUAUAAUUUGUUUGAGCAAUAAUUUCCUGAAUAAUAUUCUUUUUCAUUAUUAGUUUAGGCAAGAACUAAAAUUGAGAAAAUGGAGAGUGGAAAAAGAAGUGGAGCAAUAUUUUUGCCAGGAAAUGGGGUCACUGUUGAGGGGGCGUGGAAUUGGUUUGCUUUCAACUGGAUUCAUCUUCUCCUAAACAAUGAACUGUUGGGUUCGUCUUUGCCUUGUUUUUUGCUCUAUGCUAUUAUUCUGCUUGCGAUCAAGUUCACUGAUAUAGCAAGUUACUGUUCCAGGUACGAAACUAUGCUCCACCUCCACCUGUUAACAACAGUAUCAAGAUGGAAGUUGGAAGUGAAGAUUGUCUACAUAUUGAGUUUGAGUACAACAAAAGCAAGUGAAUCAAUUCCAAUCAGACUGUUCCUCAGCCCAUAUGACCUGACACCGACGCACCGCAAUAUCAAUAACAAGUUCAGUGUGAAGUAUUAUCUAAACCUUGUUCUAGUGGAUGAAGAGGACCGUCGCUACUUUAAGCAGCAGGAAAUUACAAUAUACAGGAUGCAAGAAGAUUCCUGAUUCAAGGCAACCAUACUUGGGAUGAUGAAGGUUUUAUCUGAAUAUAGAAAAGAUUGACAGCCAUUUGACAAAAUUGUAAAGCGUUUUCUUCAGUUACAGUUGAAGCUAGUGGGGUCGAUGAUCCCGUCUCUGCUGGAAGCUACUGGUGUAGUACCUCGUGUUUACGAAAUCUAACCUUGUGACGUGGCUGGUGCAAGUUACGCUGGGUGGCAGAAGUUGAGAGUGAGGGAUGCCUCAUGCUCGUUCCUGUUGCUUCUGCACUGCCAUAUGCUAACCUUUGUUGCUUGCAGCUGCCUGUAGUUAUGCUUUGCUGUUUAGAAUGAAAUACAUGUUGGCUGGAGAGAUUGUUACAGCGGGUUAGGAUGUAGCUGGGAUAUUUUAUUGUGCUGUGUUUAUGGGAAAUUAAUUAUAUAAGUUAAGCAUUCUGACGACAAAGGUUAAAUUUAGUUGUUGAAACGGCAAGCGCGAACAACAUGCUAGUUUUGCAUUUGCUGAGUGGAUUGUUUCCUAGAUUUGCAUUAUGCUUUGGGAUGUGUUUGGUUUGGUUUCCUUGACUAUGUACUUGUGAAGGAAUGAUAGUUUUUAUCAUGCAUGUUAUCAUGUGAAUCCUAUUUUGAAAGGAAUUUGUUUGGUUUGAUGUAAUUGUGCAAGAGAUUUUGUAUAAAAUAGGUGUGCAAAUGACAUGGGUUAGCCAACCCACCCCUCUAUGGUGAUUUUCAAUACCUUAUGCUCCGGAUUCCAUCAUUUUGAUGCAUUUACAGCCUAUUUGGAUACAAUUUCGGAAUUAAUGGAAAUGGAAAUGGAAUUUCAUUUUUUUUUUUUUUGUAGAAUUUCAUUUUCAAUUCUAGUGUUUGGUAUAAUUCCUACUAGAGAAAGAGAGUAAAAUGAUAGUGGUCAAUAAAAUAAUAAACAGUAUUGAUGGGUCCCACUAAUUCCAUCUUCAUUCUCUCAAUUCCUAUCACUUUUGAUAGGAAUUGUAAUUCCCAAAUUUUAGACCCAAUGGAAUUCAAUUCUCAAUCUUUUUAUUUUUCCAAACGUAAUAUAUGGAAAUAAAAUAUUUCCAAUUCCUUACAUUUUUUGUCCAUCCAAACAGGCUAUUAGCGAUAUCUAUUAUGGAAUUUUCACCUUUCGUAUUGUUAUCUGUGCAACUUGUGUGGCUGUCAUGGUAAGUAAUGUUCAUAGUUUGAAAAUGGAAUAAAUUCCUAUCGUGUGAUUAUCAUUCGUGAGUUUGAUCGUCGGUGCCAAGUAAACAAAAUAUCGAGUUUACCGAAAGGCCGAAGCAACACAUUUAAGAAACGAAAGAUUGUCUGUUUUUUUUAUCUAUAACUUAGGGUAAUCCUAUGCCGGCCAUUACAUUUAAGAAACAGGCGACCAAUCCAUCCAUAUCUUGUCGUUAUCUCAUCUACACAAUGUGUUCGUAAUUAACUAUUCAUAUUUCAUACAUCAAUACAGAGGAGAGGAUUUGAAAUUGAUUCCUCGUAACCCAACCGUUUUUUUUUUUUUGUUCAGCAUUCACAAUGAAUUUGUGCACAAACUAGAAAGUUAACAGAACAAAAUGUUCAUAAUAAAUUAGGAUACUCUUCCUAAUUGUGAUAUUAUUAACUUAGGGAUUUCGUGCCAGCAAUGCGGUUAAAGAGUCUGAAUUUGAACAUUCUCCUAAUGAAUUCCCAUUUUAGGAAUGUUUCUGCAAUUAACGUUCCAAGCAGUCAAGCACCAGCUUGAAGCCCUUUCAUCAUGCACUUGAAUCCUCUCCUAACCCAAUGUGUAGUCAAUUAACAAAGAAAAUGACAGCUUAUGC